CAAAUUUUCCACCCCCUCCCCACCACUGCCCAUUGCUAGGAACAGGAAACAAAAAUAAAUAUAUAUUUAAUGGAAAUCGGCGUUUAUAUUUUAGAAGACGUGGCAAAUCUAUCAAAUCUACGCUUUCUCUUGAACACAUAAUAAACCUUUCUCACUUUUCAUAUAAAACAGGCUAAGACUUGGCAAACUCUUACACUGACACUUCAGUUGUGUUUUUUGUUUGAAUUGUGUGAAGACUAAGUGUGUUAUUUAUAAGUAUGCAGUACAUUUAUUUUUAUGAAUGAGUACUAGUACUACUUAAAACUACUACUAGAAAACUAGUCACUAACAGAAACUAAGAAAGUAUUAAUCAUUAAGUAUAAGUUUUUAUAUCGGUACUACGAACAUCUAAACUCAGUAGUUAUAUUAAUAUAAUAAGACAGAGUUUAACAACACUUUCCAGACUUUGACUUUGAAAUUCGUCAUUAUCGUGAUUGGUGAAUAGUCUGAAAGAUAUUGAAAUUGAAAGAGGAUGUGUGGUAAGAUUGAGAAAACUAUUACUUAGUGUUAGCUUAAUUACUAUAAGAGUAUAAUAAUAUAUGAGUGUAAUAGUUUUGUUUAAACUUAGCUUGUUCAGUUUUUUUCUUUUUACUAAAACUUUACAGUACACAGUCAAAGUCUAAGCAAAAGUCAAGGACUUAAUUUUACAUUUUUUCAUAAAUUAGAAUCUACAAUUAACAGUUAAGAAAUGGUACUGAUAUAUUAUAAUUAUAGAUAUAUGCCUAAUAUAGCUUAGUCACUUAAGGGUGAGGACAUGAAAGUUUAGUUCACAUUCAGUGUUGACCAUCUACAACCAAGUAAAGUAGUAGUGGAGUAGCUAGAUUUUGUGACACCCAGAACAGUCUUUGACUCUUUCCCCCUAAUUAAAAAAAACACAAAAAGAAAAUACAUGUAAAAAUAAGCUAGUAUUAAGUAGGCCCUAUACAAUAUAAAGUGGAUAGCAAAUGCUGCCCCUAAAAAUGUGCUACCUGGGGUGGAUUGCUACAUUCCCCCCCCCCCCCCCCCCCCCCCUAAAUAAGCUAGUAUUAAGUAGGCCCUAUACAAUAUAAAGUGGAUAGCAAAUGCUGCCCCUAAAAAUGUGCUACCUGGGGUGGAUUGCUACAUUCCCCCCCCCCCCCACCCCCUGGGCAGAAAACCCCUCCAUGUUGAUAGAUUUUCCCCCAAAAAAGUAAAAAUUUAAAAAUUUUUUUUUUUUUUUUUUUUAAAAGUUUAAAAAAAAAAACAUGUAAAAAUAAGCUAGUAUUAAGUAGGCCCUAUACAAUAUAAAGUGGAUAGCAAAUGCUGCCCCUAAAAAUGUGGUACCUGGGGUGGAUUGCUACAUUCCCCCCCCACCCCCCCCAAUCCGUGUGCAGAUAACCCAUGCAUGAUGAUAGAUUCUGCCCAAAGAAUGUAUAAGUUUGAAUACUUUCUUAGUUAUUCGUUUGAAAAGUCUAAGAAACUAAGCUUUACUGGGCCUGACGAAAGUCACAUGUCGCACCCUCACCACAUUCGAUGUAACCAAUCUUCCAUGGCUAUUUAUUACAUAAGUGAUAGAUAUAGAAAUGAGUAGGGCUAAUUAAAAAAUCAAUUAAAAAAUAUUAUUAAUUUCAAAAUGCUAUUUGUUAAACACAAGGAUAUUUUUUUCUACAGCUAGAAUAUUUUAAACCCACUCAACUAAAUAGUUGUCCUUUUUUUCAGGUAUAUUUGCAUAUCUGAACUAUUUGGUUCCUGCCACAAGAAAAGAAAUCUUAGAUAUUCUUAUCAAUGGCUUGAAACGUAUGGAGUAUAGAGGCUAUGAUUCUGCUGGUAAUACUUUCUCAUAAUACUAUAAAUUAAUAUAACUUUAAAAAACUCUUGAUGAUUACUUAAAUUGCUUGUUUAUAUAUUUUAGGCUGUUUAAAAUGCAUUUUUGUAUUAAAUAUUUCAAUAACUGUUGAAGUUUAUUAUAUAUCAUUAAGCAACAUAUUUUACUUAACUUAUUAAUAUCAUUUUUAAGAUUUCCAAUAUUUCUUUAAUGAGCUGUAUCUAAAAAUGAAAUAUGACAUAGUUAGUCUCCAUUUCAGCUUAUUUUUAUUUCUGUCUUAAUUUUUUAAAAGAAAAUAUUUGUUCACAAUGAGUUACUUCUGGAUUUAUCCAUAUUAUAAAAAAAGAAAAUUGCUGAUUGAGAUCCUUAUAAUAUUUUAGGUUUGGCUGUUGAAGGUUCAGAUAAUGAUGAAGAGUGCUCUAUCAAAAUAAUCAAACAGAAAGGAAAGGUUGCUGCUCUUGAGAAGCUCGUUGCAGGUUGGUCUAGUUAGACAUUUUUAGGGAUAGUACCUACAAAUAAUACACUAAAUUUGACAUAAAACUGCACUGACUACAGGAAAGUAAUGAUUGCUGUAUCCAUGCCAUUUCAAAUUCUAUUGGUUGGCUAGCCUCGUAUUUAGCAUAUUAAUUUUUUAUCAUUUAAAAAUUAUAACCCAUUUCAUCAGCAACCAGCUAAUUUAGAUCCACAAUUUGUUUUUGUGUGAUUUAACUUUUAUUUUUGUUAAAAUUAUGAAUGUUGAUUAUAUUUUGCAGAAACUAAAGAUUUGGACUAUGAUAAGAUUUUCAACAUCCAUGUUGGUAUUGCCCAUACCCGCUGGGCAACUCACGGUCAGCCCAGCCCUAUCAAUGCUCACCCUCAGAGAUCUGAUCCCCACAAUGGUAAUUCAUCUUGGAAUGAAAAACUGUAGUGUUUUUUUUAAUUCCUCACUAGGUAUUUCAAAUAGUUCUGACCAAUGUUCCCUUUAAGCCAUGCAGCAAUCUCACAGAUGCCGCGCAGCAGUUUUGAGUACAGCGUAGCUAAUUUCCACUUAAGUGCGUGUUUGUGUCUGUAGGCUGUAAAAUUUUGCGCACAAAAAAAUUGAUGCUGUAAAAAUUUGCACACAACUUUAUGAUUUUGCACACGAACCAACAAACCUUAGAGGGAACAUUGGUUCUGACAUAAGACAGACUGAUAAGUAUGUAAUUUAAUACUUAAGCAACAUUUUCUCUGACAAAUCAUAAAUAAUCUGAAUUUAUUAAAUCAGAAGCAAAUUUUAAAUAAUUGAUGCAAGCAAGAAUGCUCAUUGCAAAAAUAAAACAUGACUAGCUAAUUAACCAGAUCGACCCAUAAAUUAAAAUUUCCUAUUAUUUAGAUUUUUUAAAUAAAAAAAUUUUUUACAAAUGGAUACUGAAAAAUUAAUUUCAUAAAAAAAAAGUAUAAUAAAACAUUUAAUUUACAGAAUUUGCUCUCAUCCACAAUGGCAUAAUUACAAACUAUAAAGACAUAAAAUCUUUUCUGGUAAGUACAUAAUUGCACAAUUAAAUUGUUUCCAGAAAAAACUGAACACUAAUCAUAAUUACUGAUACUUAAGCUCUUUUAUUUGCUGGUAUAUAGUCCAUUAUAAUGUCAGUUGAAAAACUGGACCCUUCGUGUAAUCAGUGACUUACACUUGUUCAGUUUUAUUUAAAUCAUGUAUUUUGUUGAACUAUGUGGGAAAUAAACAUGCCUCAUUAGUUCUAACAUUAGUUUGUUUUAUCAACAUUGUAUAUAAAUGUUCAGUAAAAAAAAUGUGAUACAUGUAUAUUAAAAGGGGAGAGGUAAUAAAAAAUUUUUUUUCACCCUCUUGUAUUAAAUAGUUGUAAGAAAGACCAACAAAUUAUUUAUACUUGAAUAUUGUUGGAAAUGUAGGUUACACUUUUAAUAACUUUUAUAAAUUUUUACAAUUGUUCUUUGAUAUGAAAAAUUAAGUUUUAUAUGUAAAAUAUAUAUUCACUUAAAAUUUUAAGAUGUUAAACAACUGUCACCUGCGAUAUAGUGAUAUUAUAUUUAAAUGGAUCAUGGAAAAUUCCCUGUGGAAAUUUUUUGUAAGACUAUUCUUGUAAUAAAAUUUAAUUGUGGAUAAAAACCCUUCAUUAAAAAAAUGUUUAUCACAGAGAAAAUUAAUUAUGUUCAUCUUAAGUUGUAAACAAGCUUAAUAAAAUAAAAUUAUUAAUAACAAUAGGUAACAAAAUCUAAACAAACAUGCAUGUUAUGUGUAAAUAAACAUUGAUCACAAAAUGCAACCACUCUAGCUUUACUUAAGUAUAUUGUUAUAUGACAUUUUUGGUAGUGUGCAUGCCUCAUAAUAAUCUGUAACUGAUAAGAGCUUAAAGCUACUCUCCACUGCCUAGAUGUGAUAUAAAAUGUAAAAAUUAUUAAGUCAAACUAUUUUGAAAAAUGUAAUAACUGCAUUCCAUAUAUAUUAAAUUAAAUGGUCAUGUAUUUUCCUGCCAAAGAUGAUCUUGAAAUAAAAUGUCAUCUUUACAUUUUCCCAUACAGAUUUAAACAAUGUUACAUACAUGUUUCAUGAAAUUUAUAAAAAAACUUGGUAUUUGUCCCUCAGCUCCAGAAAGGUUUUGAGUUUGAAACAGAGACUGACACAGAAGUUGUAGCCAAGCUUAUCAAACAUUUGUAUGAUACCCACAGUGAACAGAAGAAGCUCAAGUUCAGGGAACUCAUAGAGAUGACCAUCACACAGCUGGUCAGUACGGAGUUUAAAAUGGAGCUUUGGCAACAUAACAAUAUAAAGAAAUUUUCAUCUAUCCCUAUGGCGCUACACCCCUCUAAGGCUCUGGCCUGUCUCACCUCUUCCUUCCACUCAGACCUAACUGAUGCUUUUCUUUUCCAUGCUUGGAUUCCCAGCUGCUGUAGAUCUUUUUCCACAUUGUCUAUCCAUUUCAGCCUAGGUCUCCCUUUGAGACAUUUUUGUCUGGGGUUUAUUUGGUUCACCCUCUUCACUUAUUUUGUGCACCCUCUUCUCUUAUUUGGUUCACCCCUCCUCACUUAUUUGGUUCACCCUCUUCACUCAUUUGGUUCACCCUCCUCACUUAUUUGGUUCACCUUCCUCACUUAUUUGGUGCACCCUCUUCACUUAUUUGGUUCACCCCCUUCACUCCUCUAUCAUUUGGGAUUCUUUCUAAAGCUAAGUUUCCCGCCUAGUGCAUUCUGCCCUUUUUUAUUUAAUAAUAAUAAUAAUAAUAAGUGGUCUUAUAUAGCGCGGUACCCCGGCCUAGGGCUGGGCUCACCACGCUGUACAUAUAUAGCAAAGAGGCAUAAUCAUAAUAUUAAAAUAAAAUACAUAAAUGAAAUAAAAACAACAUAUAAGCAAAACAACACCAUAGGUAUAUUCAUCCACCCACACCAGACAUUUUUACAAGGAAACCCAUGUACGUUUAUCGGUUUAUAGGAGGAGAAUCAGUCAGAGUAGUAGAGUUUAAAUAGAUGUGUUUUGAGUGCAGUUUGAAGGCCUGUGUGGUUGUUAUAUUGCGGAUGUGUAGUGGCAAAGAAUUCCAUUGUUUGGGGGCGCAGAAAGAGAAAGAUCGUUCACCAUAUAAUUUAGUGCGUGUCUUGGGAACGGACAGAAUACGCGAGUCUGCGGAGGAGCGAAGUUGUCGAAGGGGUGAAUAGACAGAAAGAAGUUCAGUUAGAUAGGAAGGGCAGGAAUCCGAGAAAAAGUUGUGACAGAGAAGAGACAGCUUGUAGUCAAUGCGUGCCUGUAUAGGGAGCCAAUGUAGUGAGUGGAGUAGUGGAGUGACGUGAUCAUGUUUUUUUGCCUUAAGAACAAGCCUAGCAGCAGAGUUUUGAACUUUCUGCAGUUUUUCUAUAAAAUGUUUCGGUGAACCUGACAGAAGAGAGUUGCAAUAGUCAAGACGAGAGAGAACAAGAGCACAGACUAGAGUUUUUGUUGCGCUAACUGUCAGGUAGUGGCGGAUGGAGCUGAUCUGACGGAUGGCGGUGUAUGCCGAACGACAAAUGUGAGAGAUAUGUUUAUCGAGAGACAUGUUGUUAGAAAGAAUAUAACCAAGAUUCCUAGCAGAGGGUGUAAACUGUAUGUCGGAGUUACCUACUUGAAAUGAGGUGGGAAGAGUUGAGGUAGAGGAUGAUUUGUGAUUGUAAAUGAGGAGUGCUUCUGUUUUGUCAUCAUUAAGCUUCAACUUGCUGAGUGUCAUCCAAGACUUGACAUCAUCAAUGCACCCCCGCAAAGUCUGGACAGCGGAAUCGACAAGAGAUGGAUGGGUAUGCAUGUAUAGCUGUGUAUCAUCUGCAAAUGACUGGUUCUCAACAGCAUGCCUCCCGAGCAAGAGGAGUAGUGGCCUGGUAUACAUUAUGAAUAGAACCGGACCCAAAACGGACCCCUGUGGCACUCCGUACACCAAAUCAGCACUGCCGGAGAGACAGCCAUCGACAGAGACCAUUUGCGUUCUAUCAGAGAGGUAGGACCUAAACCAAGCCAAAACCGAACCAGAAAUUCCAAAGUAGUUUUCAAGGGUUUUGAAAAGGAUUUCAUGGUCAACAGUGUCAAAGGCCGCACUGAGGUCUAAGAGGAUCAAAAUGGAGACAUUACCGCUGUCCAUUGCGUGCAAGAGGUCAUUACUGACUCUCAAGAGAGCUGUCUCCGUGCUAUGGAAAUGUCUAUAGGCCGACUGAUUAGAACUGAGAAGAGAGUGAUCAUUUAAGUAAGCAAAAAGUUGUUUUAGGACUAGUUUUUCAAUAACUUUAGAUAAAAAUGAUAAGUUAGAUACAGGUCUAUAGUUUUUAAAUUAUUUUCAUCCAGACCGGGCUUCUUAAGCAAUGGUUUGAUGACAGCUGAUUUGCAAAGAGGCGGAACAGUGCCAGAAUAUAAACUUUCAUUUAUUAUGCGGGUUAUUGUUGGGAGCAAGAUAUCUAAUGACUCAACCAACAGGGGGGUUGGGAUGGGAUCCAAAGAACAUGACGUAUGUUUAGAUUUUAGGAUUAUAUUUUUUACCUCAAGUUCUGAAACAGGUUUAAAAAUAUUAAAAUGUGAAGUAAGACAAGGGAAAGGAGGCAAUUCAAGGGGAGGGGCAUCAAGACGAUCAAGCUCAGCUCGAAUGUCAGCUACUUUGCUUGUAAAGAAAUUACAGAAAAUAUCUGGUUGCUUGGGCAGGGGAAACACCGAAGGAAGCGCAGUUCCUUUGUUACUCCCCCUAAGGUGACCACAAACAUCAAACAACUGCCUGCUGGUUUUACCCAUAGUUAUCUUUUGGCUAAAAUACGUAGUCUUUGCACGACAAACAAUCUGAUUGACACGCUUCUUGGCAGCGUAAAAUAUCUGCUUAAAAACCACAAGACCUGACCUUAACCACUUCUUUUCUGCACUACGGCGCUCUUUCUUGGCACUGCGUAGUUCCUCCUUGAUGGUCGCAUACCAGGGAGAUGACCGCUUUAGACUAAAAUUGCGGCGGGUGACAGGGGCGUGUCGGUCAAGCACAGCGCGCAAUGCACGGUCUAGUGAUUCCAAUGUAGGGCAGAGGGCAGGGGACACUUCUACGCUUAGGUCAUGCUUAAAUGCAUCCCUGUUUAUAGCUCGCAGACUGCGCACCUCCCUAAACUGAGGGGGAGGGUUGGGGGCACUAACACUAAGUUCACAAAUAACACAGAAGUGGUCAGAGGACAGCUCUUGUGUGAUUGAAGUAGAUCUAACUACACCAUCUUGAGGCCUAUGUAGUACCCAGUCAAGAAUAUGUCCACGAUUAUGAGUCGGUUGGUCGACCGAUUGGUGAAGACUGAAUAAAUCCAAGAGAUCCAACAUCCUAGCAGUGGAGGGGUGCUGUGGUUGAUCAAAAUGGAAGUUCAUGUCGCCUAGUACAAUGUAAGUCCCGGUCAAUGUGUUGCAGUGGUCAAUCAAAUCCGGGAAUUCUCGAUGAAACACUGAGUCGGUCAAUUUAUUUUUCUUACUAGGGAAGGUGCGAUAUAUGCACAUGAAAUGAACUGUCUGCUGGGGCACUGACAGUGUAAAUUGAACUACCUCAAAAGACGUGUGGACGAAUGGGAGGUCUGUGACAAAAGCUGUAUGAUGGGACAACGUGUCUCUAUAUAUAAUAGCAAGGCCUCCGCCGCGAGUUGAACGGGGAAAUGAUCUGGCAGAAUAGCCAUAGGGAGCGAGAUCGGUGCACUUCCCCUCAUCGCCAGUCAGCCGAAACCAGGUCUCCUGGAUAAACAGAAUGUCAAUCUGCCUAUAGUGUAGAGGGGUGUAUUUCUGUUUCAAGCAUGGUAUCCUGAUAUAGUACAUACAAUUCCUGGUUGGUUCUUAUUCUCCAUCUAUAUCCAUCCUUUGUUGGUCCGUAUAUUUUCUGGAUAACUUUUCUCUUCCAUGUGUUUAAUAGAUUUUCUGCCAUUUUAGUUAGUGUCCAAGUUUCACUUUUGUAUGUCACUACUGGUCUGAUUACAGUUUUAUAGAUAAAUUUUGUUUUUUUCUUGUAUUGUAUUUCGUGACUACUGAAGUAUGCCCUGUUUCUGGCCAAGAUUAUUUUUUAAAUUUCUGUCAGUAAUUCAUUUCUUUCAUUUAUUCCAUCCCUGUGGCGCUACAGCCCACGUUGGGCUUUGGCCUGCCUCACCACUUCCUUCCACUCAGACCUAACUAAUGCCUUUCUUUUUCAUGCUUGGACUUUCAGCUGCUGUAGAUCUUUUUCCACAUCAUCUAUCCACCUAAGCCUAGGUCUGCCUUUGAGCCUUUUUUCUCUGGGGUAUUGGUGAUGUACCCUCUUCGUUCCUCUGUCAUUUGGCAUUCUCUCUAGGUGUCCUGCCCAGCGUAGCCUGCCUCUUUUUAUUUCUGCUACUAUCAUGGGAUCCUGAUAUAGUCUGUAUAAUUCAUUGUUGGUUCGUAUUCUCCAUCCAUAUUCAUCCUUUGUUGGCCCAUAUAUUUUCCUGAGAACUUUCCUCUCCCAUGUGUUUAAUAGGUUUUCUGCUGUUUUUGUUAGGGUCCAAGUUUCACUUGCAUAUGUUACAACUGGUCUGAUUACAGUUUUAUAAAUAAUUUUCUUUUUUUCUCUUGUAAUGUUUUUACUUUUGAGUAUUUACAAACUACUGAAGUAUGCCCUGUUUCCGGCUGAUAAUCUUUCUUUUAUUUCUGUUAGUAAUUCGUUUCUUUCAUUUAACAAGGAUCCUAGGUAUUUGAAUUGAUUUACUUUUUCAAAAGUCUGGUUUCUAAUUUUAAUUGCUUCUCCUGUCUAUUCUCCUCUUAACAUAGUCAUGUAUUUUGUUUUUUGGUUGUUAACUUCCAGCCCUGCUUGUAAUGACGCAUCUUCUUAUUCAAUAGAAGCAUUUGAUAUGUCUUACUACUUUUCCCUAACAGUGCUUUGUCAUCAGCAUAUGCAAGAAACUGAAGGAGUUGAUUGUAGAGAAUGCCUAUUGGUUGUGGGUCUUGGGUUUCUCUCAGAAAGUAUCCUGUGAUUGUUCCUCGGGUGUCAAUAUGUAAGCUUCUUAUAACUCUCUCUAAUGUUAGGUUAAAUAGUAUACAAGACAUCUAAUCUGAAAUUUCUUUCAAUAUUCUUCCUCAAACUUGAUUUUUACUUUUGAGUUGUUUAAUAUUAUAUGUAUCAGUUUUAUCAGUUUGUUGGAAAUGCCAAACUCCUGCCUCCUAUAGAUAUUUCCCCUUUUGAAGCUGUAUUAGGCCAUUUUAUAUAGUCAACAUAGAGUUGGUGCUCUGGAAUAUUAUAUUCAUAACAUUUCUCUAAUUGGUAUCUCACGUUGAAAAUCUGAUCAGUCUGUUUUGUCUAAAUCCACAUUGGUAGUCACCUAAUAUUUGUUCAGUGUAUGGUUUAAGUCUCUUGGCAAUUAGUUUUGUCAGUAUUUUGUAUGUAACAUUUAAUAGGGAAAUUCUUCUGUAAUUUAUGCCUUGAAGUUUUGAACCUUUUUUGUGUAUUGGGGUUAUUAGUGCUGUUUGCCAUUCUGAUGGGAUUUUCUCUUCUUGCCAGAUUUGUCUGAGUAUAAUCUUUCAUUCUCUGUCUGAAAACCUAUGACUGCACAGACUGCUUCUUUCUUGACAGCAAAUAAGUGUUUGUUUUGUCCUUUUUUCCUGAGGAUGUCAGCAUUUUUCAAUAAAAUUUGUUGCAAUGCAGUAAAUGGAGAUUUUAUAUAAUUAAAAAGUUGCUUUAUUAGGUUGGCUGAGGCUCCUGCUCUAAACAGGCUUAGUAUGUUCCAAGUUGCCAUCCAAAAAUCAUAUCCAUAGCCAAGCAUAAGUCGAUUUCCAUUAUUUUUAUUUCAGGUUUCAUUUUGUUGUUUGGCUUUCAUAACAUUUAUUUUUUUUUCAUGCUGGGUUAUUAGCCAUGCCCACAACCAUUUGGGGGGGGGGGGGGGGAGCUGUCUUUAUUUUCAGGUAAGGUUCCCUAGCCUUUGUGGAUCUCUCCGCUUUCUACAAGACAGUAGGUUCUGAUUUAAGUCUGGGGUUAUUUAAUAUGGAAACUAAAAGGUGGCUUUUAAAGUUUUUAAAAAACUUAUAAUGAAAUAACUGUUUGUUCAUUUAUUUAAAUGUUAAAAUAGUGGUAAAUAUAAUUAGAUACAGUGCCUUUAAUCUAUGCAAUCAUUUCUAACAUAUUAUUGGAAUCAGUAUUUGAGAUCUUUACACUAAUUCAGGGGUUCGCAACCUACGGCAAGUGUGCCAGACUUUGCACGCAUAGCGGUUCUCAUUGACAUGGGGAAGACAAAAAAAAAAUAUAAAUGACCAAAAAAUGUGUCUUAAGUUAUUGGUACACUGAAUAAAUUAGAAGACUUACUUUGGCAUAGUAUAAAGUUGCUGACCCCUGCUCUACUGUACAUAGAAUUUCAAUACCUACAUUUUUUGUUUGCAGGAAGGAGCAUUUGCUAUAGCAGUAAUGAGCAAACACUAUCCUGGAGAUAUUGUAGCCACAAGGUAAUCAAUAAUUUUAUGAAUUAAAUCAAUUAAAGAAAGCAGUUGGUGAGAUUUUGGGGCGCAUAUGUUUACAAUGUGACAAAAUCAUAAAGAAAUUGUUGACUUUUAUUCAAAUGACAGAGAAAAGACUCACACCCUUCAGCUUCUGUAUAUAUUUUUUUGAUCAGAAAUUAACUUCUCAUUUUUUUGGAAGCAUGUAUAAAAAUUAAAAUUUUAACAUUGAAUUAUGUAUAUUUUCUCACACUUACUGGACAUAUUUUAAUGUUUACUAAUUAUUGCCUAUUUGGACUAGAAACAAUAUAUUCAAAUGUCAGGGCUCACAAAAUACUGUAUGGUUUAUUUAGGCGAGGUAGUCCUCUGUUGAUUGGUGUUAAAAGUAAAACAAAGAUGAGCACUGACCAUAUUCCUGUGCUGUAUGCUAAAGGUAAGCUGUCUUUAAAUUUUACAAUGAGUAAAUUAACUGAACCCAUCCUAUAUUUAAAAUGUUCAUUUUCAAAUGUCAUUUUAUUGUAUAUGUAAAAUGUGCACUAAAAUAGUACAUCAUUUUGUUGUUAAAUGUUGUUAAAGUAAAGCUCUGCUCUUCUAACAUUUGCGAUUUUUUUUCACAUCUUCCUCAUAAUUCCAGUUCCCACACUUUAUCUUAGUUCUGUAUUUUUUAUUUUCUUGCAUCAGUGUCAAUGAUUUAACUCUCAUUCUAUUCUAAUAUUCUGUCCAAUCAGUGUCAGUGAUUGAUCAAUAAUUCUAAUGGCAUGUCCAAUCUCUGUCAGUAGUGUAACUCACAUUCUAAUGGCCUGAAAAACCAGAAUCAAUGUAUCAUCAUAAUCUCUGAAUGAUUAAAACCUAUUAAAUUUGUGAGCUUAAGUCAGUCAAGAGUCACAACCAGGUUACAAAUAUCCACACCACUGGUUUUUGUCAAUAUUUCCCCAAAUUAUAACAAAUAAAUUAAAUUAAUUAAAAUGUUUUUAUAAAAUAAAAAAUCCUUUUUGUAGUCAAAAUAUUGCAGCAAUAAUUAGAAAUAUAUGUUCUGUUUCUAUGAGGAAACUAUUAACGUUUUAGAAAUACAUUUUAGCAUGAAAUAAGGAUUUUAAAAAAUCUAAUGAUAAUUUGAAUGUUUUUACAGUGAUGUAGACUUUUAAAAUUUCCCGUAAAAACCUGUAAAAGUUGCACAUUGCACUCUGUCAGUUAACACGUUUUAAAAGAUUUAAAGAUAAAUCAGCUCCAAUUUCAUUGAAAUGAAAGAGUCGCUCCAUAAAUAGGUUAUGCUUAGCAUGAGAACCUGGUAAAACUGAUUAUAGAGUUGGCUUUUUUCCUAACUUCCACAACUUUGUUCUUUUCACAUAGACAAUAUCCCACAUCUCUAAAAUUUCAUAUUAUUUGUUGUUAUUACAGAACAGAUCCUUGACAAAAGUAAGAAUGAAAUGUUCAGGGUCAUCCUUAGAUUUCACACUCAAUCUUUCAAUACUUUCACUCUAGGAGAUGGAUUUCUUUGCCUCAACUCUAUAAACAAAUUAUAAUGAAAAGCUAACUUUGAAAAUAUAGAAAAAAGCAAGGACUUCUAGAAUUAUGGUGUUUACAAAAAAUAGAAACUAUCGAAAUUCUAUAUAAAGAAAGGCAAUUUGUAAGAAUUUCAUAGUCUAUUUUUAGCUUUAAAACUGUUUCAAGAAUUGGGAAAUGUGAAUAUUAUAUCGAAAAAUUUUAAGUGUAUUCUGGGGACAUAUUUUCUAAUAAAAUGUUACAUUUUUGUAGAAUUGCUUUUAUUUGCUGAGUGGAAAAUUUUAAAAAGAAAAUUGCAGUAAUUUCACAAUAUUAAGUUUUUAUGUAACAGCACUGGAAGUAUCUAAACAUUAUUUUUUUUCUUUGAUUAUAACUAGUCUAUAAGUUCUGGCUCAACAGCCUGUUUCCAUUCCAAGAAAUUAUGGAUGACCCUUAGUUUUAUGCUAUGCAUCAUUCUAUUUUAUUGUAUAACAUUGUUGGGGGCUGCAAUGCCUUUUAUAUUUAGAAUUAUCAUACAUAUUUUUAAUAAUGCUAGUGGCUCUUUUUCAAGGAUUUCUUCAUCAUUCAUAUGUUACAAUUUCUUUUAAUGUUCCAUUCACCCUAUCUUUAAUGUUUUGUUUAUAAAUUAUGACCGAGCAUACUACAGUAAUAUAUCAGCUUAAAAAUGGUUAUAAAUUACUUUAAUUUAUUUAUGUUAUAAUUACCUUCAUUAAAAUUACAAAACAGAAAGAAACUAUAUGAGGAUAAUGUUUAUAUUCUCUUAUUUACUCUUUUUUAAUUGCUUUUUAAACAAUAUAAAUAAUAUGUAUGUACAGUGAAACCUGUGAAUAGCAUAAAUCCUCAAGAUGGUAGCAAAAGGGGUGCUAUUUGCAGGGGUCAUGCUAUUCACAGGUUAAGCAUGAAUGAGGAUCAUGCACAAUAAUUUGAAAUGAGAAGACAUUUGCACAUUGAAAAUACAAAGAAAUGAGUAAAUAUACAUACAUGUAAAUGAAUGCACUUUCUAAUAAACACAGAACAAAUAUGAAACUAUGCGAGAUUUGUUUGAGCUUAAACAAUCUUCACGCAGCUCAUUACAUUGGCGUUUGACUGAAUAUAUGCAAUUCAUGGGGUUUUUGUUAGUAAAUCGAUUCAUGCUGGGUUGAGUUAGGACAUUUGCCAGGGACAGCACUAAUUUGAGGCUCACUAGUAACAGUUUUCACUGCAUUCGAAGCUACACAAAACUAACUUCUCGGUGGAUGUGGGUCGCCACUGUAAUAUACUAGCUAUAUGUUUAUAUUUCUGCUUACUGGUAAGGGAUUAUUAAUGCUCCUGUUGGAUGAUUACUUAUAAUAUACAUAAGAGUAUUUAUAUAGCCCAAAUACAACUCAACUUUAUAUAUUAUUAAUUUACUUUAAAUUUUACUGUAGUUAAUAAAUAGACUGAAUAAGGAAACAGUUAUUUAUGUUAUUUUUUAAAUCAAUUUGAUUUUGAUAAUCUAAAAUUGAGCUUAAAAUGAGAAGUUAUAUUUGGGCUAUGGUGCAAUUACUCUUUUAUAAAAAUUGGGAAUCUUUUCUUCUAUUUUUUAAAGCUUGUAUAACUAGUCUAGCAAUUUUCUUAUCUCUGCUUGGUAAUUUAAAGAUGAACCUGAUUUUUACAUAAUAAAAUAUGCAUGAGAUUAUUAUUUUAUGCUAGCAAAAUUGAACUUUGCUUUGCAAGAUUUAUUUUUACUUUGUGCACACACAUAGUUGUAUAUACCCAUUUCAUUAUGAGUGUGUGUGUCGUGAGCGUGUGUUUUGGUCAAGCAGAUGGUUGUAGUCCGGAUGGACAAGACUAAUGAAUGGUUUGGAGGGCAGUGAUUAAUAGUCCCUUUCAUCUGUAAUUCAUACAAAAGCAUGACUCUUUUCAUACCACACUGUGUUAAAAAAAACCUUGUUCAAAUAUUUUAGUCAUAGCUUUAUAUACUUUAAUCUAUUCUAAAACUUGAUAAACAAAAACAUGACCCUGUGUUGUAGAAGCUAAUAUAUUUGUUGUCAUUCAUACCUGUCCACUGGGCUGGUAUUAACAAAAUCUUUUAUCAGCACAAUAGCAGACACACUGAAAAUAACAUAUCGUCUCCCUGCGUUUAUGAAUAUCUAUUUAUUUGGGAAAAAAAAUGAUUUAAUCAAAAAAUUUAGACUAUAUAGAAAGCAUCUAGUUGGAACAUUGUCAUAAUACUAUGUCAUAACGUUUCAAUAUUUAAAUGUAAAUACUUUUUUUGUUUAUGCCUUAUGUUAAAUAAACUUAACUCCUAAAUCAUUAAUUUAAAAAAUAUGUUUAUGUGGCUUCACUAUGCUUAAAAUUUAGAUCAUAGAGGUUUUCUGGGUAGCAGUCAUGGCAGAAAAGAUGAGGAUACAGAAUAUAUCCCUGUGGGACCACACAAAGAGAUAGAAUAUUUUUUUGCCUCUGAUGCAAGGUAUGUUAAAAAUUGAUCUUUUGAAUGACUUGAGUUUUAAUAAUUUUUUUAUUUUCUCAUAAAGCAGGAUUUAAAACUAGUAAAAUGUUCAAGUGCUCCCCCUAUUUUUUUUAUAAAAUUGCCUAGAAAACAAAAAGAAAUCGUUUUUUAAAAUGCAUCCAUGAUAAAGUGAAGGAACUAGAGUAAUAAAAAUAAUUUGUGAUCAAGGUAAUUUAUAAAAAUAUUUUAUACAUAUAUUUGUGGCAUCUGUAAAUCAAGGAUAUGCCAACUUUGAUAGACAUCUUUAAAUUUUCUGCAAAAUAUCAAGAUACUAAGUUAUGGGUAAGUUGGUAAAAAUGGCCUAUAAGAAGAUGAAACAGACGAUUCUCAUGUCAGGCAGACAAAAAAAUGGGGUAAUAAAAUAAUAGAUCUGUUAAGCAAUUUUAAAAUCAUAUUUACCAGUUUUUACGAAUGCUUAACAUAAGUUAGAGAAAUGAGUUGGUUUAGUUUAUAUUUGUAAAAUUUUCAGUUCUACUUAGUUAAAUAAUUGAUAACCAUGAUUUCACAAACUUUUAAUCACAUGAGAGCACCUCACCUACUUAACGUCCUUGUUCCAGUGCUUUCAUAGAACACACAAAUCAGGUGAUAUUCUUGGAAGAGAAUGAUGUCGCUUCUGUACAUGAAGGUAUUCUUAAUAUUCAUCGGGUCUCACGAUCCCUUGAGGAAAGCACAUUCCGUGAGGUGUGUACAUUAAAGAUGGAAAUUGAACAGAUCAUGAAAGGUUAGUAAAGUAAAGACUAGACAGACAAAUUUAUAGAAUUUCUGUUUCUGGCUAUUUUAGCACAUAUUUAGUUUUAAAUCACAAUGAUUCAUAUUUUAUAAGAGUUAUGUUAUAUUUAUAUAUUGAUAUAUUUAUGAGUUUUCACUGGUAAUACUAGGGUAAUAUAUAAAUAAAUGAAGGGACUGCUUUCAAGCUAUGUAAAAGAAUGAAAUAGUGAAACGAGGUAUGUGGAAGCUUGAAAAAAGGUAACAGGACAAAAAACAAGGACGUUUCGGCAUAAAGCCUUCAUCAGCCAACAAAAGAAAUGAAAAUACAACAAAGAAAAGAACACAGUAGAAAACUCAAGCAGUAUUCAUUCGUCUCUCCGGAAGUGGGAAAACAGGAAGCGAGAGAAAAUAAAUAUAUAAACAAUUAAGAUCAUUUUUACCAUUAAUAGCUCUCAUUUUUGUUAUUUAAUUAAAUCCCAUUAAAAAGAAUUUCCAAUAUACAAACUUAAAUUAACCCUCCCACUUCCCAUCAAUAAGUGACACACAACUGAAUCAUUUUGAGCUCUUAGUUAUUUCAAGUUUUUUUUCUCUCAAUACUUUGAUGUUGAUAAAAGUUAAAUCUUAAUUGGCUUUCAAACUUAUCAGUUUUUGUUUGGCUACAGGCAGUUUCAGUUCCUUCAUGCAGAAAGAAAUCUUUGAACAGCCAGAAUCUGUGGUCAACACAAUGAGAGGGCGAGUCAACUUUGACACCAACCAAGUUAUUCUGGGUGGCAUCAAGGACUACAUGGCAGAAAUCAGGCGGUGUCGACGACUUCUCUUCAUUGCUUGUGGCACCAGUUACCACAGUGCUAUUGCUGUACGUGAUUUUUGUUUUGAUUGGUUAAAGUAUACAAUAGUUUUUUUAAAGGACAAUUCUCCUGAAUAAUAAUGUUAAUUUGAAUACCAAUGACCUACUUUUUCUUUUUUUUCAUUAAAUACCGUAAUAAAUAUUCAUUAGCAUUUUGAAGAGUUAACCUAUGCAAUGCUUCAAAUUCAAACUUGUUUUCUAUUUUAGUAGAUGUUUAUAAGUACCGGUAAGAAAGAAAACAAAUUAUUUCCCCAAACAUAUGUCAGAAGGACAAAUCCUAAUCCUACCGUCCAUCAACGUACACAUACCAUUCUAUAUUUCAUAUUUAAUAUAUUUGUAUGGUUUUCAUUCCUUCCACAGACACGUCAGCUGCUGGAGGAACUAACAGAACUUCCAGUCAUGGUGGAACUUGCCAGUGACUUCCUGGACAGGAACACACCCAUCUUCAGGGACGAUGUUGUUUUCUUUUUGAGUCAGUCUGGUGAGGAUUAUUUUCAGCAUCUUUUAAAUUUUGGGGUUUUUCAAUUUUCGGAGGGAGGUUUAAUUUUGUUUCUUUUAGUGCUUGACUUUAUGUGACAAAUUUAAGAAAUUGUUUAUGUAUCUUCUUUAUAAUAAAAUUUAAUUAUAUUAAAAUCUAAAGACGGCAGAUUUGUCCUGAACUUUGAAAAAAAGGGAUAAAUGAUUUUUUUUUUCAUAAUUUUUAUUAAAAAGUCUUCUAGCUAUCUAUAAAAGUAUUGAGCUUUGCUUGAAUACAGGUGAGACUGCAGACACACUUCUGGCCCUUAGGUAUUGCAAACAAAGAGGUGCUCUCAUUGUUGGCAUCACCAAUGUCGUUGGGUCCAGUAUCUCUAGGGAAUCAAAUUGUGGAGUUCACAUCAAUGCUGGUCCUGAGAUUGGUGUUGCUAGCACAAAGGUAAACUGGGCUCUUAGUUUUUUUCUUUUGGACAUUAAGUUACAACCACAAAUGACUGUGUUGUUUUGAUGCAUUUACUUUCUAAAGAUCUGCCUUGCUUUAUAUGUGAUGAUCAUGUGAAAAAUGAUGGGUUGGUCUCAUUUCUAGGCAUACACAAGUCAGUUUAUAUCUCUUGUGCUGUUUGCACUUGUGAUGAGUGAGGAUAGAAUCUCAAUGCAGCAAAGAAGACAAGAAAUCAUAGAAGGGCUAAGGCGUCUGCCAGGUAAACCUUAGAGUAGUUAUGAUUUUGUAAAAAAAAAAAAAUGAAAUAAUAUUUUUAUACAUAGAAUCCAUGACAAUAUUAGAAUGGAAGUCACAAAGUAUUAUUAUUAAAAUGUAUUGUAUUACAAAACAACUCAUCACUAUUUAAAGAUGUAAAGCAGUAAUUGCAUUUCUGAUCAUCUGUAAUUGUUUUCUAAAGGAGACUUAAUUUUAAUAAUUAUUUUGAUUGUUUUUGUACUAAAAAUUAUAUAACUUCUUGAAUUCUUUUUAUUGAUUUGUCAAAAAUGAUGCUAUCAUCCAUAUGAAUUAUGAACAUUAGAAUAAUUUUUAAUUAUUGUUCUGUGCCUGUAUAAAAAUUUCAAUACGAUAAAGAUGUUUCGGUUAAUCAGAGCAAAUCAAGACCGUUUUGGCCAAGGAUGAAAAGAUCCAUAGUUUUGCCAAGGAGCUGCAUACCCAAAAAUCCCUAUUGGUCAUGGGCCGUGGCUACAACUACGCUACUUGCUUAGAAGGUGCACUGGUAUGUUUGCUGUAACAUUAAAAGUUAACUUUUAUGUUAUAGAUUCAGUAAAUGUUAGAGUUUGUACAUUUGUUGUUGUUACGACUGGUAGGCUUUUCUUUAAACGAAAACAUCUUGCGUUAGAGUGACUGGCAAUAAUUCUUUUACUGCUCUCUUGGAUACUACUUCUCAGCUAAGUGCUAUUUUAUUUAAGUCUGUUUUUUGUGUUGUUUGGUCGCUGAUGAAGGCUUCCUGCCCACACGUUCUUAUUGCGUUCCUUUUUUCAGGUUUGACCAUACUUUGUUUCACUCAUUUCCUUUUUACUAACCUGAUUGAAGUCUCUCUCCUUAUUACCAUUGCAAUAAUGCUGUUAUUUUCAUAAUAUUUAUACUUAUAGUUCUUUAUAAUCUGUCAAAUAUAAUUUAUUUGCUUGUUUCCUGCACAGAAAAUUAAAGAGUUGACCUACAUGCAUUCAGAGGGCAUACUUGCAGGAGAGCUGAAACAUGGACCUUUAGCCCUGGUGGACAAAGCUAUGCCUGUACUUAUGGUGUGCACAAAGGAUAAAGUCUACACAGUGAGUCAUUUAUAUAUAUAUAAAAUUAAAAAAAAAAAAGAAAUUCAUUUAUUUAAAAGGUUAUUUUACAUUGUAAAACAAAAAGUAUUUAGGUACAGAUAUAAAGUUAAUUUACAAGAAACAUCAGGAGGAAAGUGAACCAAAAGGUUAAACAUUUUAAAGGAAAAAUGAUGAGAAAAGCAUUUUUAUUAAUUAUACAUUUUAAGAGAAAUCAUUUGUGUGAUCCAUGGUUGUUAUUAAAUAUGAGACUAAAGCUGUCUUAUGUAAUGGAAGUAAUCAAAACUAAUCAUGUUUACAUUUAAAGUAAAAAAAUAACAGAUGAGCCGCAAGGAUAGGAGGAGAUAAAUAAAUUGGAUGUACUUUUUUAAAAUUUGAAAUUUUUAAAAUCUUAUCACAACAGUUGUAGGAGCUAGUCUACAUCUCAGAUCUUUACAGAACUAAACUGCUUACUUGGCAUACUUUGAAUAAAUUAUUUUACCUUUACAAUUUUUACAAUUUCAGAAAUGUGUGAAUGCAGUGCAGCAAGUUAAAGCCAGGCAUGUAAGUACUAUUAAGAACCUUAUUAAAUUACAUUUUUUUAAAGCAAUUUUGUUAUCUAUCAUUUUAAAUAAUGUUUCUGUUAUUUAUAACCUAAAAAUGUUAUUUAUUAUUUAUUAAAUUUUCUUCCUGUGAAUUUAUAACCUAAAAUGUUUUAAAGAAUACUGAUGGCAUAGCAGUAUUGAAAACAACAAAGACUCUAAAACAUAAUAUUUAAGCUAACCACAAGUUAAAAAAAAUUAGUAAAUAAAAUCUGUUACCCGAAAUUGCUAAUUGAAAAUUGGAAUCCGUGCUAAAGAACAGUUGUAAUGACUUGUUUUUUUGUUUCCCCUUUCCUACAAAAGGGCAAUCCUAUAAUGAUAUGUACUGAGGGAGAUGAAGAGAUCCAGUCCUUGGCAACCCAGUACAUUGAAGUGCCCCACACCAUAGAUUGUCUACAGGGUGUUCUCACUGUGAUUCCCAUGCAGUUGCUGUCGCUGCACAUUGCAGAGCUUCGGAAGCUUGACGUAAGCAUCAUUUAUCAUUCUUACAAUAAAUUCCCUGCCUUAAAUUUUGUAUCUUUAAACAUUGUUUUUGAAACGUCCAUUCAUAAUUUGACUAUAACUGUAGCAUACAGCUUUCCUAGUUGCACACUUUUUUAAAAAGAUAAAAUUUUUUUUUUUUUUUUUUUUUUAACCUUAAAAUUUACCUUUUUUUUUUUUUUUUUUUUUUUGCAAAUUAAAGAAAAAAAAAUUGUAGAUAAAAAUUAAUUUUCACUCAAUUGUAAUUAUUGUAGAGGAAUUUUAAACAACUUUAAAUGAUUAUGAAAAUUAUGUGUUCUUUUAUUGAAUUUGAUAAAAUCUAUUAUAUUUCAUUCAUGUGAGCCUAUAUUUAUUAGAACUAAAUCCCGAAAAGUCAUCGACUGCUUUUAUUACAUGCACCUGAUUAUAGCAAUAAUAAUUGCAUUUAAAUAAAAUUAAGGUCUGUUUGGCAUUUUUUCAUCCUGGAAAAUGUGUUACUACUGUGAUCAUUGUAACUAGCACUUGCUCUAGUGAUCACUACCCUAUACUAAUAACUUUUUUAAUGCGAAUACUCCCCCCCCCCCCCCUUUUCCCACCCCACCACCAACCCUUUACUUUACCCACUAAAUAAUUAUGUACACUAUAAUAAAGUUGUAAAGUUUACAAACCAAGGCAUCAUUUGACCCCUUUCUGUAGAGAGAGUUUUAAACCCUUUUUAAAAGGUUUCUUUAUUGCCCUGAGCACCAUCACCAGCUUUAAGAUUUGGCAAUGCUGUUGCAUUGUUACCACACCUAAAACCAUGAUUAAUUAUUUUUAGUAAGACUGUAUGUUGUUGUUGUUUGUCUGUCAAAAUCGACUCGGACCAUCGAGUCAUCCAGUUGGGGGGAGGGUGGAUUACAGUGAGCUCGUGGCUUGCUAGACCGAUCCGUGCUCAGAAUAAUCUCGGGCACUGUGGGCAGGGGAUAGUUUUAGCAGACGGUGAUCUAAUGUUACUCUUUCGGGCCAGCCUGCGUGUCUCAGCUGUGGUUAUCCUACUGGCAUCAUGGGAUUUAGCCCCCCCCCAUCUCCACAGCUGCUCUCCACCUGGCUCUGUCCUGGGCAGUCUGCACCCAUUGAGUAGGUUUGAUGCUGAAGGCCUUUAGUGCCGCUUUCAGUGAGUCUUUGUAACACCUUCUUUUACCUCCUUGGGAGUGCUUGCCUAUCGUGAGUUCUCAGAAGAAUAUCUGUUUUGGGAGCCGGUGGUCUUCCAUACGGGCUACGUGUCCCUUCCAACAGAGUUGAGACUGAAUAAGGGUGGUGAAAAUACUAAGUAGGUUCGCUCUAGCCAGGACCUCUGUGUCAGGAACUUUGUCUUUGCCACCUGAUGCUGAGGAGUUUCCUGAGGCAGGUUGUGUGACAAUGAUUCAGUUUCUUGGCGUGACGGAUGUUCACAUCCAUCGAACAAUGUGGAGAGGACUGUUGCGGUAUAGACCUUGAUCUUCGUUUCUCGUCUGAUACCUCUCCUGUCCCAAACAGUGCUGCGGAGCCUGCAAAAUAUGGCACUAGCUUUUGCGAGUCUAGCAUUCAUUUCAUCAUCCAUAAUGACAGAUCUGGAGAGGGUGCUGCCCAAGUAAGUAAAUUUUUACACUGGGUUGAGACGCUGUCCGCUGAUGAUGAUAUUGGGUUCAACGUAGGGCUUACUAGGAGCUGGCUGAUACAUCACCCCAGUCUUCUUUGUGUUGAUAGUGAAGCCAAAGUUAUUGCAGGCGUCAGAGAAGAUAUCAACACUGUGUUGCAUGACGGCUUCUGAGCCAGCGUUUAGGGCACAAUCGUCAGCAAACAGAAGCUCAUUGAUGGUGUUAUGUUUGACCAUUGUUUUAGCUUGAAGCUUCCUAAGGUUGAAGACUGAUCCAUCAGUGCGAAACCGGAUUGGCAAGCCCAUGGUGGAGUUUGAAAAUAAACUACCUGAGAAUCCCUGUCCACGGAAAUGUAAUCACUGUUAACUUUCACUUCCUUAAAAUAAUGCUCUGUAUAUAUAGUUUUAAAUUUUUUUUACCUUGAAAUUAGCAGCAGCUUAAAAUUUAAAUGGGAAAAAAAAUGUGUAAGAGAACAUAGUGACCCCAGAGAAACAUUUCCUGUCACAAGAUAAAUUGUAGCUGUGACAUCAGGAAAAUAAUGUUAACCUGAAACACUAACAGCCAAGAGAUGUUUUAUUAGUGGGUAACUUAAUGUGUCUCUAAUGGGUUGCUUGUAAAGCAUGACUGUUUAAGAUUUUUUGCUGUAGAUUGUAGAGAGAAUUGCUUGAAGAUUUAUUUCCAUGCUAUUUUAGUUUAAAUCAAUGAAUUAAAAGAGGGUUAUAUGAAAUUUUAUAGCUCAAAGGGAUGUGUUCAUAGGGUUGAGAAACAUUGGCGUGGAAGAAAAUUAAUCUGAUGGCUUGUAAAACAUCAGACUGUUAAAGUGCAAAGGGCUCACAAAAAGUUUUGCUGUUGUUUAAGUGUCAUUUAAGUUAAGCUUGGGCACUUAGUCCUUAAAGUUAAAUUUUCAUGAGUUAUGGUUAUUAUAUGGGACUUGUCAAGAUGUCCUUUAUCUUGUCAUCCUUGCAAGGAAGGCUAUUUAUCUCUUUUAUUUCUUUUUAAAAAUUUAUUUGUUUUAUUUGGUUAAAUUAAUUAACUGGUUGGAAUUUUUUAAAACCAUCUAGCUAGAUGUUUUAGACUAAAUGGCUUACUGUUCUAAUUUUAUAAUAAUUUAAUACUGUAAUAAGUUAAGAUCUAACACGUUUCUAAAUUUCGUUUUAUUUUAUUUUCUAUCAUACUUAUCAUUUAACAAAUUGCAAAACUUUUACAAAUAUGCACAGUGAAAUUUUAAGACAAUAUAUUUCUCAAUAUUGUUAAAAUGCAUGUUUUUUUUUGAUGUAUAAGAUUCCCAUAAGUAAAACAGAUUUGUAAACCUUAUUAUCUUCCACUAUAUCUGCACUAAUGAAAAAACCAUAGUGAAAUUAGUUAGGAAGGGUGGGGUGGAGGGGGAACUUUUUUUCUAUAUAUUUAGGGUGUUACUUUUUUGUCCAACUGUAGAAUUUUUGUGUUGUUGUAGGGCUGCAAAAAUCUUGGCCUGCCAUGGUCUGCACUAACUCUAGCUAUGUCCCUGGAUAUAGGCUUGUAGAUAUAGAGCUGCAUGUACAUAACAGCAUACAAUGUUCUCUCUAUUCUAUAAAAUUUUUGCUGAAAAUAAGUCAAAUUUAUGAGGAUAUCAGUACAUAUUGGCCAGUGCUAGCAGUAAAGACAAAUUAUUCUAUACCAGAGCAAAUUAUUCUGAACUAAAGUUUAAAAAAAACUAUAAAAAAAAUUGAUUAUGACAAAAAUUUUAGCCUUAAACAAUUCACUUAAAAAUGGAUUUACUUUUAAGUAUGCUAGAAAUUCACUGUUAUUAUUAUGUUCUCAACUGAUUAAGAAUUUAUGAACAUUUAAUCUAAUGGAAAAUGGAAGCAUUUUAUUGACAGUAAUUCUGCUCAGAAAUUUUUUAAAAAAUGACAUUGAUAGCAAGCUUGUGAAGAACCUCACGUUUUUUCUCCUUAUUCAUGUCAUACACAUUUCAAAUGCAAGACUGAAAUUAAAUCCUCAUUUAAUACUUAGUAUCUGCUACAGGGAUGUUUGGUACAGAAUUAUAUAUAAAACUAUACACUCUCUUUAACUCAUGCCAUACCAUUUUUAACUCUCAGGUGGACUGCCCUCGAAACUUGGCUAAGUCUGUCACGGUGGAAUAAAUUCAUAAACUUUCCAGCUAUUUACCAUCUGUAAGAUGUAGCAUGAUUUUUAUUAGCUUAUCUAUAAAGCCCAGUGUUUCUCAACCUGGUUACUUCGGUCAUGUGGCAAUUUUGCUAAUAUUUUUUUUUUCUCAUGAAAAAUGAGAAGCGGGGGAGGGGGCAAAUUGCUAGAAGUUUCUUAACGGUUUACUUAAGUGUUGAGAAACACUGACAUAGAGUGUAAGCUAGAUAAAUAUGGGUUCACAUCCUUGAUAGUACAUUUUGAUUUGUGAAUAUAAGUUCAAUUACACAAUGACAUAUCUCAUAAUUUCUUCCUUUUAAAAUUUACUUUAUAUUUUGAAAAAUCUCAAAAUAAUACUAGAUUUAGCAAAUUUAAAACUUAUUGAUGUUUUCCUUUUGAAUUUCUCUUCCUCUUGUUUAACAUAGUCAGAAAAGCCCCCCCCGUUAAAUGGCUUUAAAUGUAGUGUUGACCUACUUUUUAGACAUUUGUAGGAGUGUGUUUGCAUGCAUGUGUGCCACACGAUUGCUACAUAGGAACAACUUGAUCUACUCUCAUUUUUGUAUCACAUGUAGAACUUCUGCAGACAUAUUAACUGAAACAAAAGUAUGCGGAAACAAAACAAAAAGAAUAACAUUGCCAUUAAAUAACAUAACUAAUGGUGUUGUUCCUAAAAAUGUCCGGCAAUAGGACUAGACACAAGUGUUCUACUUUUUUAGUUGACCUAUAUAAAUUAUAAUAUUUUGCUUUUUUUCUCAUUGUAUAGCAGUGCUCCACAACCUUUUUCUUCCCACAAGCACAACUAGGCCCUUUCGAAAAUUUUGCGGCACACAAUAAGAAAAAAAACCAUACAAAAAUAUCUAAAAUUUUGAGUUUGUGUCAUUUUUAAUUCAUUAUCUGUUUAAGCAACUAGAAGUUUCAUAGAACUCUACCAAGCAGGGUCAUGCCAAGGAAAAGCGGCUUCGGGGGCGAGACUGAAAAUGCCACCCUCAAUAUAUAGAGAAAAAUGAAGAUUUUGGCGCCAGGCGUCUUUGUGAACAACAUGUGAUUUUAUAGUUUAAUUCACUAUUUAGGUCCUUUCUAAAUGUCUAAAGACAAUUUUUGUUCCCACUGAUGUUGGUGAUUGCGCGCCCCUUCCCCCCUCCCCCUUUUGCAAGCCCUGCUACCAGGAUGGAGCGCUUAUUAUUUUUUUGAAGUUCGGUGAAGUGAACUUUCAGUAUUCCAUCAUUCCUAAACAGAAGUUCAUAUUAAAUAUUAAGGAAAAUUGAUAUAAAUAAUUAUAUGCAGAUAAUACAAUCUGGUAUUGGAUUCCUUUCUACUGCCUAUAUUUCUAGAAAAAUCAAAUAUUCUCAUCUUUUUGUGGUGGUUCGCAGGUUUGUUCCUUUGCAUUUUUCUUAAAUCUUUGGCUUGAUGUUGUUUGCUAAAAAUAUAAGUUUUUGUUUGAGCCCCAUGUCAUUUAUAAGAGCAUAGUAGAAAUAAACAUCCUGACCUUUUUUUGUUAAGUCGAACGAGUAGGUUAUGCAAGUUAAGCUGCUGUAGAGUUUAUGUUAAGAUUGAUUAGAAAUUUUCUGAACUUAUGUUGGAGCUUAAAUUAUAAACUUGCUAGAACUUUACACCACAAUGCAAAAUUAAUACCAUUUAUGAUUUCCCAUAAGGCAGGAUUAGUAGUUUGUAAUGUCAAUCAUGUUAUUUUAUAUAUGAGACGAAUUAUCUUUUGAAUUUUUUAUUCCUCAUUAGACCCAUCAGUGCAAACACCAAGAAAAUAAUUGAAUGCAAUUUUAAUAAAAUAUAUUGCCUUCCUCGAAAACUCUUAAUUAAAAUACAAAAGCUGAAUAACUUUGAUCCAAUCUCACUUUUUUAUUUCCUCAUUGAUUUGAAAUAGGCAGAAACUUAUUUAAUUUUUUACAUUUUUAGCCCCAAGUUUUAAUAGAAAGAUUUCCAUACAAGCUAGUUUAAUAAAUGUUUCACAAUAGUAUGUUUUUAUCUGACAUGGAAUUAAUUGUGCAUUAUGGUAAACAGCUUUCGAAACUGACAAAGGUGAUUUCAUUAUUGCACCUACUUUACAUUUUGAAUUCAAACGCACUGAGAAUUAUGGUAACCCUUAAUUUUUUAAUGCAUUUGUUUUAACUUUUAAAUAGCAAUCAGUUUUUUUGGGACAAAUUUCCAUAUUGAAUUUAUGUGUUAAAAUUCUGUGGUGUUUGCAACAUUGUACAGCAUGAUGAUGAUGGUGAUUUCUUGUAUAGCGCUUGUCUCAUGCUAUUCUAGCAUGCUCAAAGCGCUCUGAUGUCAUAAACUCUAUUUAAAGAAAAAAUGUUUUUAAAUGUCUCUUAUAUGAUUCUUUAUCAUAAUAGCUUGGUAAUAAGCUAAUCACUGCUUCAUUUUCUCAUGAUGAUUUUAUUUAAUUGUUGAGCCCACAAUAAACUCAGCAAUUCCUCUCCUAAUUUAUUGGCACACCAGUGCCCGGGCUCACCGGUUGCUAUGGUCUGUUACAUAGUAACAUAAGUGCCAAGAAUAAUUGUAUUGUUCUGCUUCGCCAUUAACUAUUAGUUUUAGAUGCAUUAAGAUUAAAAUUUGUAUGCUUUGCUAAAGUGGCUUUUUAACUAAAAUAUGUGUUGAAAAAUGUACACUAUUCUAUUACUUCAGUAAUAUUAAUUUCUCAAGGAUUUAAUUCUCUAGUUUGUCUUUCCCUUUGGGGUGGUCCAUUAAUUACGUCAACAAUUUUUACACAAUUUUUGACCCCCUCCCCCCACUGUCAACAACUGUCAAACUUUUAAUGACCCCCUAAGUAAUUAUGUCAACAUUUUCUAAACCCCCCCCCNAUUUUAUUACAUCCUUAGCUUGUUAAUCAACAAGUUAAAAAGUUUUUACACUUAAAUUUUAUAAUGCAGAAUCAAUUGAACGGUUGUUUGGGGUAUAAAUAUGAUUAUUGUCAGUAAAGUAAAGCUGACAAUUAUAGUAUAGUUUCUAGCUGUUAUCAACUUCCCAAGGAGUAGCCAGGUUAGCUCUGUUGUAACAAUGGGCAUCAGGGACAUCAUUUGGGGAGGGCAGGGGGGCAUUUGUCUCUCCCCCCCCCCCCUACCCCUAAUUUGAAGGUUUAAUAAAAAUUAAUAUGUACUGUGGAGCCUCCAGUAAUAAACAACUUAACAAGCUGACCAAGUUUUGGUUUAGCCCCCCCUGAAAAAAAACCUGAAAUGACGCCCCUGAUGGGCAUAAUAGCUGAUUUAGCAUUUUCAUCUUGCGGGAAUGAUAUACCAGACAAGUUAACAUCCUCCUUAUCUAACCAUUCAGCCCUUAAAAUAGAAGCAUUGUCGGUGUGAGCAAUAAUUGCCAUAAGCUCUCUCUAUAUAAUUGCAGCUACUCGCAUUGGUCGAAUCCUUUUUUGUUGAGGAGCAGGUGCUAAUUUCUUAUGCUCAAGAGGCUCUAGAGGGCAUUGUCGGUGCUGUUGAACAUGCAUUUUCAAAUAGAUGUUAUAGAUUUUGCAAAUUCGUUCAAGCAGCGAUGUUAUUACUGUUACUCCCUUAACAUUCCCCUAAUUUUCAAAAUAUCGUAUUCCUACUCUAAAUAUCAUUUAACUUUUGACUUCUCUUGCACUAACAAAGUGUGCUAACAUUCUGACCAGCAAUCUUCAGUGCACAGACAUUAAAUAAAUCUUGUAUUGUUAAAAUUAAAAGCCUAAAAAUUGUAUUAUUUUCACUCAUUUACAUAUUGACAUUAUACAUUUUUAAAAAUUAUGUAAUAACCAGUCACUUUUUAAGAUUCAAAUUUCAAUAAAGAAUACAUGAUUGUUGACGUAAACUAAUCUAACCCCCCCCCCCCUUUCCCCCUUUUCAACAACUCUCAAACAUUUCCAAACCCCCUCCCCCCUUAUUUUGUUGAAGUAAUUAAUGGACACUCUCAUUGAUGAUAGUGUCCUUCCCACUAGUUUGUUAUCUCUAUCAUUCUCUGGUUUGUAUGGGUUUCAAUGAAAAUAUGAGUUGUUCACAUCUGCUCAUCAGAAUUAUCGUUGUCUCAGAGAAAACAAGUUUACAUUGAUUAAUUUCAUUUUUAUUCCCCAAGUGAAUGCUACUUUUAUUACUUUGAUUUUUAAACUCCACGAUACGUCUGCUUCAUGAGCUCUUUUUAAAUCCAGGUUUUAACAUGCCAGGCGCACAAUUUUCUAUACUUCGAAAAAGCAAAAGUCUAUCAGGAUAAACAUUCAUUAAAUGUCUAAAGCAUGACAAUAAGUUUAGUGUGUUAUGUUAAUAAAAUGAACAUGUUAUAAAAUUACCCUGUUGAUAAGUUUAUAUGUCAUACUGCUCUUUACAGACUGACCGACCUCGCCACCUGUUGAAAACAUAUACAAGCUAACAGAAGAGAAUAACUAAUGGAUAAGGAUUUUUAUUUCAAAAACCAGUAACAAAGAUUGCGGCAUGGAAAGAACGAACUUUUAAAAAACUGUUUUAAUGGAUGACCCCAAGACCUGGCAACUGUACAAUUGUUAAAAUAGAAGGUCACAAACAGUGAUGCCAUUGAGAUAUCUUAAUUUAAAAUUAUUGUCCUGUAAAAACAGAAAAGCUUAAAGAUUUUAAUGUUUUGAUGACACUGUUCUGUUUUUAAAAAAUGUAUUUCCUUUUUUUCCCCUCCCAAGUUUGGUUAUAUUAACAUGCAAGAAUGUGAUUUGGUUAAUGUGAGGAUAUUCAUGCACCUGAAAGACAAUGACAUCUUCAGGUAAAUUCAUUUGGGUUUUACAUGGGGUUUGAAGAUCUUCAGUAUAUUUUAUUUUGUAUGCUCCACAAAUAUUUUUACAUUUAUUGUUUUAUCAUAUAGAUAUAUUUGCUUCUGCUGGAACUUUAUCAUUGUGCAGGAUUUUUAUCAAUGACUGGCAUUUGUAAAUCUUAUGUUAACUGUUGUUUUAUUUAAUCCUGAAUCUGCUGGAAAGUUGAGUGUAUUUAAAAUUCUCUGAACAAUAUAUAUAAACAGUGAGUUUAUAAAAAAUGUAGCAAAAUUUUUUAUCACAUAAGAUAAAUUGACACAUUUUGAUAUGUAUGUAUUCCUUUUUUUUUUAAAACUAGGGGUCAUGACAGUUUACAUUUUGAUUUAGAAAUAUAAGUAGUUGUGAUAAUAUAUUUUUGUAUAUUUUAAAAUAUAAUUUUGUUUUUAGAAAAAUUGCUUUAUUUUAAGUCAGGUAGGUAUACUUAACAGUAACAGCCUUAAAAUCUCAUUCCAUUACUUUGUCUUCAUUUUGUUGAUAUGCCUUAAGCAUACUCAAACUGGUUUCUUGCUUUUGGAAAAUCUAGACAAAUUUUAUCCUUUUUUAGCACUGCAUGACACUAUACAAGAGGUGACCAACAUUUUUUGAACAGCAUUAUCAUUUAUACGCAUAUAUAUUUGUGCAUUAGAUCACAUUUUUGUGUUAUAUCAUUAUAUGGAUACAAAUAUUUAUAUGAUUCCACAUGAAAACUAAUUAUUUAAUGUUUGGAUUGUGUAAAGUUCUGUUGAAAGAAAAAAAAACAGAGGAAUACUUAUAAUUUAAAUAAUUUUUUUUAAAAAACAAAAACGACAUUAUAUUUUAUAAUCUGAUAAUUAUAAUCCUAUAUCACUAAAAUGUUAAAGUGCCUUAGACUCAGUUAACGGGCGCAUAAAAAUAGUGCACGCUUCACUAAUUAUUAUUAAAGUGAUUAUUGGCUAAUUUUCUUUAGACCCUAAUUCAUCUUUUCCCCCCAAAACAUCUUGAAUGAAACAUUUCUAAAGGGAUUAUUUAUUAUAAUUAAAUUGAAGGCAUUAACUGUUAACAAUUGUUUCACAUUCCAAGCUUCUUCAAUUUGGUAAAAAUAUUAUGUUAGUUAUUUGACAUGAGGAAAAAAAAAACAGAGGACACUCAUUCAAAUGUGCUCAAAUCAUUUCUAACAAUAAGUUCAAUAAGAUACUUAAGUAAGUAAGUAAGUAUGCUCAGAAGUCUUGUUGAUGAGAAGUGGGAAAGGUGAGAAGUGGGAAAGGUGAGAAGUGGGAAAGGUUUCAUUUCUAAAUUCUAUCAACAUAUCAGUAUCAUACAGCCAUGUCUAUUAUCAAGGCAUUUUAACAAUUUUCAACAAAGUAUUCACAGCUUUCAUUCUAGUGUAAUUAUAAUAUCUCUGAGAUAUACUGGAAUUUUACAGUCCAGCGACUAUAGAAUAGUGUGUCAGAACACUACAUAGUGGGUGGGGCAACUGGCCAGGUUUAUGUAAUCAACAGGGUCGAAUAUGUUGUAGCCCCUUUUGUCCUAAAUUUUCUCCUAAUUAACUUCUUACAUUGAUGUACAUGUUUAAUUUUAUGUGGGCUGUUUAUUAAAUGUGGAUUAAACAACAACAACAAAAGCUG